AUGGAGAAACUUCAGGAGAUGUGGGGAAACUUUCAGUUGAAUGAAGAAGAAGGGGAGGCAAUAGAGAUUGAGGGGGAGGGUAGUUCGGAAGUGCAGAGAAAGGGUGAACGUAGUUUGAUUGGUAAGAUAUGGUCGGAGAGGGUGAUAGGGAAGAACAUAGUUGAAAAUACUAUGGCAAAGGUGUGGAGACUCAGUAAACCAGCAAUUUUCACAGAAGUGGGACGUAAUAUUUUUGUGAUUACCUUUGCAACUCAUGCUGAUAAGAACCGAUUGGAGAGUGGGCGUCCAUGGCUAUUUGAUGGCAACAUAUUUGUCAUGAAUGUGUUUGAUGGGUAUACUCCUUUGGGCCGAAUGUCAUUUGAUAAGGUUGCAAUGUGGGCGCAGUUUCACAAUUUGCCACUGGCAGGGAUGUCUAAGGAGUAUGGGGUAAGGAUAGGGAGCUCGCUUGGGAAGGUGAAAGAGGUGGAGGUGGAUGUGGAUGAUGUGGGGUGGGGGUCGUUUCUUAGAGUAAAAAUCCUUUUGGAUUUGACAAAGCCUCUGGCAAGAGGUUGUACAAUUAAACUGCAAGGGAUUCAAACAUGGGUCCUGAUCACUUAUGAAAAGUUGCCACGGUUCUGCCUUGAUUGUGGAAGGAUUAUCCACGACGAGAUGGACUGCAAGAUUGCUGCUGGAAAAACAAGUGAUACCAAACAGUUUGGUAGCUGGCUUCUUGCGGAUGGAGGAGUUCGUAGGUUUCCAUAUAGUUCUCGACGAGGAAGCACUAUGUUUGGGAAGAGUAGCUCAUCGGAGGAAUGA